GGGAUAUUUAACAAGCCGGUCGGGAAGGGCUCUCCCAAGGUAGCCAUUUUGAUGUUGUACAGUAUAUCUAAGAUCCAUUACCAUCGCACCUUUUUCAUAGAGUUUCUGUUGGCAUUUAGUAACUAAAAGACUUGAGGACGGAUCAAAGAUGUGGAAGAUACGGGAAUUGAGUGACAAAAUGACCAAUGUGGUCAUGAACUACUCCGACGUAGAAGCUAAGGUUCGUGAAGCAACAAACGAUGAUACUUGGGGGCCCCACGGUAGUUUGAUGCAAGAAGUGGCUAGAUUUACAUACACUUAUGAACAUUUUCCCGAGGUUAUGUCAAUGCUUUGGAAACGGAUGUUGCAAGAGAACAAAAAGAAUUGGAGACGCAGCUACAAGGCAUUACUUCUGCUGGGAUAUUUACUGCGAAAUGGGUCUGAGAGAGUAGUGACUAGCGCUAGGGAUCACGUCUACGACAUGAGACAGCUCGAAAAUUUCAAUUAUAUUGAUGAAACUGGCAAAGAUCAAGGCAUAAACAUUCGUCAUAAAGUUAAAGAGAUUAUUGAACUAAUUCAAGACGAUGAAAGAAUGAGAUCCGAACGAAAAAGGGCAAAGAAAAACCGUGAUAAAUAUACAGGGGUGUCAUCUGAUAAAUUUCGUGAUUCGCACUACACAUUUAGUACAAAAUACAAAAAACAAGACAAUCUUGGGGGUGAUCGAUAUGAUGCAGAAACUUGCCAACAGGAUUCAUUUGAUGAGUUUAAUAGCAAAACGACAAAAAAGAGUAAAUAUCGAGAAUGGAGAGAAAGAACUGGCUCAUUUGGUGCUGAAUUUAGAGACAGUGAAGAAGAAGGAGAAGAAGCAUCGGAAGAAAAAGAAAAGGAAAGUCUUGAUGGACAAAAUGGGGAGACAACCACAAAUAGAAGUAUAUUUAAGUCCUCGCCUAUCAGGAAAUUAGAUUUAGGAGCAGCAGCACAUUAUAGAGGGAUUGCAACUGAAAAUUCUGCUAUGCCAGAAAAUCCGACCAUAAGUAGUACAACAUCACCUUCUUCAAAAUCUCAGAAUUCAACUUCUAAGGAUUUUUUUGACUUCUUUGCAAACUCAUCACAGUCAACACAGUCUCCUACUGCAUCAAAUAAUAGUGCUAGUAAUGCUAUCCCUGCCCCAGCAUCAGACCCUUUUUCAUCAUUGCAAUCAUCGUCAGCUGCAGGAGGUAGUGACAGUGGAUUUGCUGACUUCAGUCAAGUGUCCACUUCUCCUGGUUUUGGUGACUUCCACUCUGCAAAUUCAGCACCUCAACCAAAUAAUGUAACAGAUGAUGAUUUCUUUACAGAGUUUCAAUCCAGUGAAUUUCCACAAAGUUCAACAGUUACUCCAUCUUCAAUCUCUUCAUCAUCACAGCCAGUACAACAAUCAGCACCAUCUGCAGAGCUCAUGGGACUCUCCCUAAAUCAGUCGCCCUUGUCUACAACUAAUGGAUUACCAUUUCCAGCACCAAUGGGAGUGCAAACAUCUAUGGGAAUGCCUGCAGCUAUGCCAAUGGCAAUGCCUUCUAAUCAAAUGAACAUGCCUAUGUCAUCGAUGGGGACAGCACAAACGGGAAUGACGCCAAGUCAGCCAGCGUUUAUGGGUGGUGGUAUGAUGCAACCACAAAUGACUUCACAAGGGAUGCAGCAGCCUCAGAUUAUGCCACAGUCUUCAUUUACUAAUGCUAAUGCUGGUGUUAUGAUAAAUACUGCUUCCUCAACAAGUAAUACAUCAUUUGAAAAGCCUAAACCCAGUACAUCAGAAUCAAAAGCAACAACAUGGUCUAACAGUCAAGUGGAUAUAAGCUUGGACAGUUUAAUUCCUACAUUGAAGAACGACAAACCACAACAGCCAAGCAUGAACCAGUUAUACUCCCAACAAAAACCACAAAUGCCUUACAACUCACCACAACAACAAGGCGCCUUCAACAUGGGUGCACCUCAAAUGACAAACAUGGGACAAAUGAACUAUAUGUAUCAACCUACCGGUAUGGGUAUGAUGUCAAAUCAAGGAAGCAUGAGUCCUAGAAUGAUGCCAGGACCCACGAGAAUGGCAGGCGCACCUGCAAUGAUGGGUGCGCAACCCAUGGGCACAAUGCCCAUGAAUUCAUCUCAAGGAUUUGCUAACAGUAAUUCAUUCCCAAGUUACAAAGGAAUUAGUUGAGUUAAGAUCUUUUUUUAUAAUAGUUUUUUUAUUUUCAAUAUAUUGUGAAUAUAUUUGGAGCCUUUGUGUUAAUUCUUACAUGGUAAAUUGAACCAAUUUUGCAAUAAUAAGUAUUAGGCAUGGGCGCACAAAGUGUGCAUCUUAUCUCACUAGGGUUGACUUGUUAUCUAGAGGAUCAAUAAUGAAGAACACUGAAGCUGAUAUGUACAAAGAUAUUUAGAGAAUGAUUGUAGAGAAUGAUUGUAUUAAGCUAAAAAAAACAAAAAAACUAGAAAUUAUUUCUUGCAUCACAAAAUUAUUGUGCCACUUAAUUACAGUACUUACCACUUCUAAAUGUGACACUCAACUUUGUUGAAUGGAUAUUCUUCAUAAUUCAGAACUUAAAUAAGUGUUUCCAAAAUGUACACCCCAAUGCAGACAGGUUUAAGUAUUACCUUACUCGCAGGCUAGAGGACAGGAUACUGAAGACAAUAAGUUUGGGAGUGCAACGUCAACAAAAUGGGAUAAGGGGUAGGCCUCAAGGUUGUAAUAUUUUUCUCUUUUUUACAUUUGACGGGUCAGGGAUGUCUACUUUUUGGAAACACUAAUAAAAUUCAUAACUUAAUUUCUUUAAUGAUUUUACUGAUCACAUUAAAAAGUGUCAGUGCCAUAGGAAACACACUUGAGAUAAAAUUAAGAUAUGUAAAUAAAUCAAAGUAAUGUUUAUCAAAAGAUUGUAGUUUGAGACUGAUGGUUUGCCAUCCCUGGGAAACCAGGGUAAAAAUUCUUUCGCUCGAAUUCUACCUCUGGCUUCCCGAGAAUGAUGGUUUUGCAAAUUGAUACUAAGAAAUAGAAAACUUGUAAUAUAUUGAGACAUGUAGAGUUAAAUUCUAUUUCCUAACAAAUUUGUGAUUCUUGCAUUCAUAGUAAUGACAAAAAUUUUGAUAUGCAAUUUUCCUUCAUUUCAUUUUAGUCGUAUGAGCCAUACACUAUCAAAGCCUCAAACCACAAAAUUGGAAAGCAAUAUUUGAUUUGGUUUAACUUUAUUUGAAUGUUAACCACUAUUUUCAUGCCAAAUUCAAAAACCUUUGAAUACAUACAAACCUUUGACUAAGACACAAGCCUCUAUUAUAUGACAGAUCAAAAAAUUGCAUGUCUACAAAUUUGAAUUCUUGUAUCAGCCUAGUUUUGUUUAGAACAUUAAAAAGUUGUCUUUUGCAA